AUGCAGAUUGAUGAAGAAUCUCCAUUUGCCUCGCAGCCAACUUGGUGGCAAUCUGAUACUUGGUGGGAUGCGAUUCAGAGUGGACUAUCGAAGAUUGCUGAACCACUUCAUGUUAAUAUUACCCUCACAUUUGGCAAGUCAUACCACGUAUCUGGCAAGAUUAGGGUUACGUUUUACUCGGAACGACCACAGGCAAUGGUUAUUGAAAGAUCAAAUGAUGGUGGCAUAACUUGGAAGGUUUACCAGUAUUUUGCUGAAGAUUGCGUUUCAACGUACGGAAUAAGCCCAAGUGAAUCACCUUCGACAGAAAAUCCAUUAGAGGUAAUGAUUGUAAUAUUUUCAUAUUUGUUUGCAACGAUGAAGAUCUGCGCUUGAAAAUUAGAAUUUUUCGACAUAGACCACAACGUUAUUUUUUGUGAAAACAAACCCCAUAAAACAAUUAUAAUUUUAGAAGAUACAAUCAUGGACAAAAUCACUCGGACAAACACAUUAAAUACAAAGAGUGUUGCACAAUUUCUAAAUAUCCUCCGAAAAUCCGUCCCCUUCCCUGGUACAAUGGUGGUGAACGCUCGAGGCAUGACUAUAACUUUGUUGGCAGCAACCGGGAUGCAACCAGUUUGUAGAUGAAAGCAUCCAUAAUAUGUAAUCGUCAGCCAUGAAGAAACAGCGUCCGAGUGCUUUUUUCCCUGGAUUGUAGUGGAGUCAUUAUUGUAACAAAAUGAAAAUCGUAAUCAUAAAACGAUCUAUUCCUAAAACGUUUUUUCAUUAACUUACUGCUUCAGUUGCAUGCCAAACCAGUGUUCCAAACCAGUGUUCACCAGAUAAGGAGGAAUUAACAGUUCAUGACUGAUAGAGCUAUGCAGUAUACAACUAUUUCAAUUAAGGUUGUCCCCCAAGCAAAGCGGAAAAGUCGAAUACUAGCGCGAAAGGCUGCUGGGAAUCGCUAAUAAAUUCAUGAAUUUAUUAGCGAUUCCCAGCAGCCUUUCGCGCCCGUAUUCGACUUUUCCGCUUUGCUCGGGGGACAACCUUAAUUGAAAUAGCUGUAUACAAAUGAACUUAGUUUAGUUUUUUUCCUCCAGUAACACAAGAUUAUUUUUCGGAUUUAAAUCAAACUGAAUUGAUGUUUAGCCCUUAUAAAUGACGUUGAGACAAAUAAUUCGAGGUCAUAUUGUUCGACGUCCACCAUUUUUGGUGGAAAAUGUCUUAAGCUGCAUAAAAAUCACUCACUGCAUGUGUGUCAUACGAAUUCAAAAAGGCAAUUUUCUGGCAAAUUCAGACAGGGUUUUUUUUUCUUUUGCCGCUCAUAAUCCCAUAAGUUUUAGGGUGACGUAAUAUUCUCGCGUGACAGCAAGACCUGCAUGAUAGCGUUCGGGUAGGUAUAUUCAGAAAAAGUUACAUUACAUUUAUUAAAUUAUUAUUCAGCUCACUCCCUAUAUUAUAUUGGGGGGUUUUCAGUGACCGAUUAUAUCAAGUAUUACGCUUACUUAUGUUACUAAUUACUUAGCCUAGACUAUUUAUCUUUGCAACAAUUGUGAUUACUUUCUGAACUGUGUUUAUCCUAAUCCACCCUGUCAACCGCCCGGGCAGAGCCAGAGGCAGAGCGUUGACAGACUGUUUUCACAUGAGUCCGUAGCGAGAAUCAAACUCACGAUCUCAGAGGUGAUGGACGCUUGCUCUGACGAAGCCCCAUAAAGUUAAUUCAGUUUAUUCAUUUUAUGACUUUUACCUCAAGGUAACAUGUAGUGAAGAGUACAACGGGCAAUUUCCAGAAAAGAAUGGAAUUGUGGAAUUCCAGGCGUACACACGCUAUUCACCAGAGGACUACAUGGCUCCCCAUAUUCAGAGCUACAUGUUGGCCACACAUGUUAGGCUACGCUUGGAAUAUCCCGGUACGGAUGGACUCGAACUAAUUAAUUCUGAAGUCACCUUAAAUCGCUACUAUUAUGCAAUCUCGGACGUUCGUAUAGACGGACGCUGUAAUUGCCAUGGUCAUGCAGAGUAUUGCGAUGGUGUGGGAAUGAAUCAGUACUGCUUUUGUGAACAUUAUACGAUGGGACGAGAUUGUGAAUAUUGUAGGCCGCUGUAUAACAAUGAUCCCUGGAAACCUGCCAAUACAACCCAUGCUAACGAAUGUCAAAGUAAGUGAAAAAAUGGAUUAUCACAUACUUGCACCUUUAUCAGGUAGGAAGCAGCGGGACAUAAAAACGAUAUCGUCCCGGAUAUCGUUUUUGUCCCGCAUAUCGUUUUUUGUCCCGCUAAAUUUCGCUUGUCAAAACAAAGAUGGCCGACUCGAGGUUCGUGUUGGUUGAUGUCGACAGUUUAUCAAAGAAAACAAGAACGAUAAUACAAAACGAAAGACUUAAAUUGUAUAUUAUUUAUAUGAAUGGUCUAUUUAUUUUCUAAAAUCAUAUUUGUUCAGUAAAUGAUGAAUUGUUUUGAAUUCUAAAAUAUUUACUUUUGGGUGUCAAACCCUGAUAAAGGUACAAGUAUAUAAUAAAUAGGUUAUCGUACUCGGGAUUCGGUGAUAUCAGUUUUAUCGCUCUCGGGACGAUAUCACAAUUGUGAUAUCAUCCCUCGAGCGAUAAAACUGAUAUCACCUCAUCCCUUAUAUGAUAACCUAUAUAUAUAACUAUCUAUUACAGAUGCUCUCAUCAUAAUGAAGCCAAGUGUGUCCAGCCUAGACCUAGGGUCUUCUACUUAUAUUUCAGCGCUUUUUCAUAUGAGAAGAUCGGAACCUAGGCAAUUUCCUCAAAGUUAUUUAAAAUUCAAUAUUUCCAACUACAGCUGUCUUUAUAAAAGAUACAAUAUGGUGCUUGUGUGAUGUUACUCUGAGUGUAUAUCCACACCGGGCAGACUUGAAAAAUAUGCCUGGCCACGGUGGGAAUCGAACCUAUGACCUUUGGAAUACUAGCCCAAAUUACAGCAAAUAUCAUGAUAUAAUAUGGGUUUCCCAUUCCAGUUCCUGUAACCAAAAUCCCAUUUUCCCAGUCCAAGAAUAGAUUCCCAUUUUACCCCUUCCAAGAUCCUCUAUCGGCUGCAUGUAAUCUAAAAACUAUUAUUUUCGGAUGAACUUUCUCAAUUCAUCACAUUGCGAGCUAACAUCUAGCUAACAGUUGAUCUAUGUUUUUCUCCCAGAGUGCCACUGCAACGAGCACGCGUCGUCCUGUACUUACGACGCCAAUGUUGGAAGCGGUGUGUGUAUUGAUUGCAAUCAUAACACCACCGGAGUACAAUGUCAUGAAUGUGCUGAUGGAUUUUACAAAGACAUUGGGAAAUCACUUGACGAUCCUCAUGUUUGCAUACGUACGUAGAGUAACUCUGUUCACAUGAUGCAAUGUCUGAAUAAGAGGUCCUUCUAUCAUUUAUCAUAAUUUAUUUCUAUCCUUUAAUUCCUCGUCAUCUUCUUGAUUUUCAGGCCUCUAUUAUUUUACCUUUGUUUGUGUGCCGUUCCACUUUUCUUUUUCCUCCUGAAAUUUCUGUGUUUCUAAUUAUUCUCAAAAGGAUGAUUUUAUUUCUUCUGUAUGCGUAUUUCGUAUCAACAUAAAUGUCAUCUCGCCUUCUUCAAUACAUUUUACCUCGGCCAUCAUGCAUUCAGUCAUUUGUAUUUUUCUCAAUAUCAAAGAUAUUCCCUAAACUGAAUGUCAAAGUAUAGUAAUUUUAAAAGUACUGUAGUUAUUUUGUGCCAGAGACUAGAUUUAAAAAUCUAGUACUACUGUUCUUUAUACUGCAUUUUACCUUGAGCUUAACUGAUAUGUUGUUUGUGUGUAUGCUAUUAUGUUCAAGGCAGAAUUGUCAAAACGCACAAUGCAAAUUUGUAUAAGAGCUAACUGCUUGUCUAAAACAUCAUUAACCACAAAACCUUUGCAAAUAAUUAUGAUCAGUGUUUUCGUAAGUUGUCACAUGUGUACGUAUGUAUUUAUAUAAGACCUUUACUUCGAUAGGGUAAUCUCGUAAGACAACAAUAUCUGCUAUCAAAGAGGGUUCUAUAUAAAAAAAUAAUUACAGUGCUUAUUCUAUACAUUAAUAUCAAUCUGGUAACAAGAACGAAAUUAUCUACAGUAUAUGCAUGCUAAUGCACUAAAAUCAUUAAAAACUAACUUAGUACUGUAAUUAUAGUUACUCUGUCGAGCUGUUCUUUUUACAACGUCAUAAUUAUGAUUAUAUUCUCUAAAUUUUCCCAUUGUAAUUUUUCCAAUGCAUCUUCACUACUGCCCAGUUUCAUCACAAUCCUUACUCCCCGAGGUUGCAAUUUUUCAAGUUUUUCUUUAUCCUCCACAUUGCAACAACCCCAUAUUGAAGAUGGGUUAAGUCUGUUUUCCAUUUCAACCGCAUCGUAAUAGUAUCGUAACGUAGCGUUUUCUUUUGUGUCGAAGUCAUUAGUUCCAUUCUAGUACUCAGGGAACUCGAGUUUGACUAAUUUGACUUAAUAUCUUUCCAUUUUGCAGCUUGUGACUGUUUUUCGGUUGGUAUUACUGAUAAUGGUUAUUGCAAUAAAAAUACGAGUAGAACAGAUAUCAUUCUUGGUCAGUGCAAUUGCAAAGACAAUGUAUUUGGACGACAGUGUGAUGAAUGUGUUCCAGGAUACUGGGGAUUCAGAUUGCCCCCUGGCGGACACUGUCAAGGUAACGAUAAGCUCUAUCACUCUUCAAGGCCAAUAAAUAGACUCGAGGGUAUUAGCUUCAGUUUUGCAAUUGAUGUUUUAAGAAGUGUCAAAUUCCUGUUGUCGAUGCCGACAAUGUCUUAAAAAUUGCAAUAUAUUUUGUAAUCAUUGUUGGCCUGAUGUCAAUGAUAAGCACAUUUAAAUAAUAAUUGGUCUUUUCGAUAAUUACAAUAUGCAAAAAAAAUUUUGAUGGCAACCAGUGCUGGUACGAAGUGUUAAAAAAAAUUACGCUUAGAAAAUCGUUUUUAUCACACAGACUAGCAGCGCAAACUAUUUUGCCAUCUGUCUCAUCAAAUUACGAACAGCUGAAUAUAUUAAUACGUUCGCCCGUAUUCUAAAAGCUCACACGCACUCAUACUCAAUGAGUGGAGGUUCAAUCUGAGCUUCUUUUGAGUGUGAAUGCUGUUUUUGAAUAGCUGGAGGGUUAGUGUCGUACCUUACUAUGUGACUACUCACCCUCCAGCUAUUCAAAAACAGCAUUCACAGUCAAAAGAUGCUCAAAUUGAACCUCCACUCAUUGAGUGUGAGUGCGAGUGAUCUUUUAAUGAUUUUUCAAAUCUUUGAAAUAUGAGCGAGUGAUUUUUCAAAUCUUUGAAAUAUGACAAAAGUAAUUUCUACAAUAUUCAACAAACCUUUUACCAUAAUGUUGCCAUCACUAAGUAAUAUUACUAUCAGUAAAGGCGAAAUGCUCAGCGCAAGAAAGUUUUACAACCAAUUUAAACAAAAAGGUUAAUACUUUCAGUAUCUCACCUACAAGUUUAGUAUUUCAGGGCUUUCAGAGCUCACUUUAAAAUUCUAGAAUUUUUCCAGGACUUUUCAGGACUAAAAUAGAAGUUCAGAGCUUUCGUGGAUUUUCGGUCGACGAACGAACCUUGUCAUAGAUAAAUAUUACAACAGUUUUAUCUCCUUCUACGCAAUAUCAAUACGGUAUUUUCUGUACUUGAUAGUAAAAACACAUCUGCCUGUUGAGAAAAAUGGAUAUUUUUUUCAAAAACUAAUUUUGUGCGCAAAUUUUAAACUUAUGCAUUUUAAUUUUACCAUCCUGUUCAUUUUUUCGUAACCAUUCAGCGUGCAGUUGCAACAUGUUGGGGACAUUGAAUAACAGCCAAACGUGUGACCAACAAACCGGAAGCUGCUUUUGCAAACCAUAUAUAGAAGGAGAAAAAUGCAACGAAUGUAAGGAUGGCUUCUAUCAUUUCCCUACUGAACAAGAAUCUGACUGUCUGAAAUGCCCUUGUGAUGUGGGAGGAGCAUACGAAAUAUGUGAAAAGCAAACUGGUAAGUCACUAAGUCAUUUGAUUCCAUGGCCUUUUUUAACUAUAUCAUGCACUGGGGGGUGGGGAGUGCCCAACCCUCGGGAAUCGUACUUUCCCCUCUUGUCACACUGAGUCUGCCCCUGGAAAAGUAGUGUUAACCAUUGGUCUCAACUGCGUUUCGUUGACCCCCAAUUUUCAAAAUUUUCCUCGAUUGACACCCUGCCCAAAACAUAAAAUCAAUCUGAUUUUGUGAGAUCGCGAUUUAAAGGAUUAGUGUCAGGGUCAUGCAUUGCGGGCUUUUGUUAUUGUUUACAUUUUACUCAAAUACAACUAAAUAGCGAUAAAAAUACCUUGUUUGGUACAUUUCUGAUAAAAAUCGGACAAAAAGAGCAAGAAAUAUAAAAGGAUGGUCUAAAUAUAUGACGGAUUGUGACACUUUCCAGAUCAUCUAAUCUACUCGUCCCGAAAAAUGGCCGCCAGCAGGAGUUUGAGUCCGCGAAUUCCUAGUGUGACACUAAUCCUUUAAAGUCAUAGUUAAAGUCACAGUAAAAUAAUUAGACUCUGGGCAAGCUUUUACAGCCCGAAUUUUUGCUAUUUAGAAGAAAAGUUUUUGCCUACGCCCCAUCCCCCCCCCCCCCAAAUGAAAAUUCCCUAAAAAGGCACUAUAUGAUUUUAAUAACGGAAAUGUGUAACUAUUCAAUCAAUAGUUGCAACAUAACGUAAUUUUUUUCAAUAUAUGAAAGUAAAAUACAGCACUUCAUGUAACCAAGCACCUCAUUAAAUUAAAUAUUUACUGCAUGUCCUUGGCGUUCAAACACAGACGGCCCAAUCUCUGAAUGCUCUAUAUAUUUUGACUAUUUAUACGGAAUAUUUAUACGUUAUAAUACUUAACGAAAUAAUUAAAAAAACAACAACAUAUCAACAAUAUAUGUAAAAAAAUAUAUCUAACUUGUUAAUAGAAUGCAUUUGUUGUGUUUCUGAGUCUAGUUGAUGCGAUUGCUUUACGUUUUCGUUGUACUUGAACGGUCGUCAAUACUUCUGACACUGAACGGCACAGGGUAAAAGAACUAGAAGCCGAAGGCUGACCACUUUCACAGCCACAAAUCUGGGAAAAUCUCUAUGACUCACGACCAGAAAUUUCCCCCCCAAAAACUACGAUAUCAUUGUAUAGCUUCGUUGGCUCAGUCAAAUAUUUUCGCGCGUUUUUUGUAUUCUUCAUUUUGACUUAUUUGCAACAAAAUAAGGCUGUAAGUUUAAAGUGUUUAUUAUUUAUAUUCCUGAGUAAUCUAAAGUUUUUGGAUGUAUAGCCUUUCCUUUACUCCAAAAUUCUACCAAUAAAUCAGAAACUUUGCUGAUUAUAUCAUGAAAUAAUUUUGUAGUUCGCCUUAUUACAGCAAUUUUCGUCCAAGCACAAACCGCAAACAUUUUCGCGCGUUUGUUUACGUUUGAAACGGGACGUUUACGGUUGGAAACUGAAAUGUUUCACCGCUCAUGUGACGUGUCACAUUGAAAAGCCUUAAGCUAUUUUUGGCGCAACUGUCAUGUUUUGACGUGCUUCCGUGCACGUUUCAAUAUUUCCAAGCCCAUGAUAAUACGUUUUAGUCACAAAAAGUAUGAAUAUAAACAAGUUUGGUCGCUCUUACAAUAUCGUGAGCUUGGAAAUACUGAAAAGUACACGAAAGCACAUCAAAACAUGAAAAAUAACUGAAUUAGGCUUUUUACUAUAACACGUCACAUGAGCAGUGAAACAUUCCGUUUCCAACGGUAAACGCCACGUUUCAAACGUAAACAAACGCGCGAAAAUGUUUGCGGUUUGUGCUUGGACGAAAAUUGCUGUAAUAUUCAUUACACGUCAACCAUAUACGCUCGAAAAUGUUACAAACGGUACAGAUAAUCUAGCGAUCUAUUUUGUUGUUAAGACUUUAUAUCUUUCUUUAAAUUGGCUUCCGAAAAUUUUGUAAAAAUCUUUAGGACGAUGAUGUGAUGCAUUAUUAUAAGCAUUAGAACCUAGAAAUUUCUAGCCUAGAAAAACCUUUUUGUUUUCUAGGACAAUGUAACUGCAGACCAAACAUCGAAGCCCAGUUGUGCACACAACCAAAACCUGGAUUUUUUAUUCCCCUCUUCGAUUACCUCCUUUUCGAAGCCGAAUUUCAGGAUGAAAACGAUGACAUACACUACGAGAUGGAUCGUGAACUUGACCAUCAUACUGGACAAGGUUUUGCACUCAUGGCACGAGAUACAACAAUCCACUUCACAAAUGUUCAAGUAAAAAUAACCUGGCGAUACUAUCUUGUUAUCAGAUAUGCCGACAAUCCUCAGUACUCCAACACUGCUUUUAAUUUAACAUUGAAAAGUAACGAUGGAUUAAGUAUCACUAUAGCAUCAUCCGAAAACCGUCUUCAAGUCGAUGCAAGAACAGUUCUAACACAGGAAGCAUUUUCAUUAACGGCCAACCAACUUUAUAACAUUACCGUCAGUUCAAAAAGUUCCACAAGUGGUGCAGUAAAUGGUUUAUUGGUGGAUUCCCUAGUUCUCAAGCCUGAGUUAACUCCCACUAGAAUUCACGACGAAGUCGAUACAGUCGCAACUUUAUUACGUUGUUUCACCAAUGCAACAUAUCUUACUAGUACUGGCGCUAUUGAUUCCAGUUGUUCUGAUGUGGUAUUUUCUUUCAGUGCUGAAAUGUAUGAUGGUGCUUUAGGUGAGAUUCAAAUCCAUGUCAUCAUUCAAAUACAUUAAAAUGAAUGUUAAUACACUCUUCCAAAACGUACGUCAUUUUCGCUAUAGAGCCUCGUUUUCGUGUACGUGACAUUAGGUAAAGCCUAAUAUCUCGAUCAUGAAAAAGAGGCUCUACAGUCAAGGUGACGUAGAUUCCGGAAGUGUGUAUUAAGCUUAUCAAUCUAAAUAAUAAUUGAUCUUGAAAAUUCAAAGAAAAUUAAUGCGUAAUCAAUGUCUGUAAGUCCGACACAAAUUUUGCCUUGAUUAACAUAUUAACCUCUCUGUAUCUUUAAAACAGUCGAUAAACAUGACAUUCCUAUGUAUGUACCUGAAGAGUAUGAUAAUUUGGCUCGUACUUGUACUGACAGUAAAUAUCAUACAGAUCAAUCCCUCAUUAUUUUGAAAAUCAUAAGUUGAGAAUAAACCUUACUAUUGGUGAAGUCCUUUCCUAUAAAUUUGGUAAUUUAUAUAAUUGCGUCCUAUAGCCAUUCAAGUCUUCUCGCGUAAGAUCUGUAGUCCUAUUGUCCCAAGCCGUUUAACCUCUCCAUUUAGCAAAGUUCCCAAGCAAGGGCACGAGGCAUAAUUAAAUGAAUCUAGAUUGGCUAGCAUUAUGUUGCUUGCUUUCCUUAGAGAUUCAGCAACAACCAUCUUUUUAGAAAAUUUCUGGUGUUUGAUAGAGUCGAGCAGGAAGCAAACUUCUCAUAUACGACUAAAGCAAAAUUUUAAUAUAAAACUGCCUGAUGCAGGUACCAAACCUCCUUUGCAGAACCAGAGGUGGAAUCUCAUGGGCUAGAGUAUCGGUCACUGAAAAGCCCCUUUGGGGAGUGAGAUAAAUAAUAUAUAUGUAUCACUACUACGGAAUUAUUGCUAAUAAACACCCACUAACCCAGCAGGAGGUUCAAUAACAUCUAAAAGAAAGGGCGAAUGUAGUGCCGGGCGAAUGUAGUGCCACCAACGCCUCAGCAGUGGAGCUUGGUACGUCUAGAUACGAGAUGCAUGACGGUUGACCACCAUACGUUUUUGUACACAUGAGCUUGCUCACACCAUAGCCUAUCGAAGGGAGGAUUGCUGUGAGACUCAGUAGAAUAAUAAUGUAACUCAUUAUCUAUGUUAGUCAACGUUUACUCAUAAAUCCGGCCCUUCGCCGUAACGUGUGUAUUGUAUUUUGCCCAACUAACCAAUAGCAAUGUUUUAGGAAAGUUACCCAUGUGUGACUCGAACAUUAGUGAAAUUGAAAAUUGCUCUUCCAAGGUGGAAUAGGCAAAAUACACACGUGACUUUGAAGGACCAUGCAGAUUUAUGAAUAAACGUUGACUAACAUAGAUAAUGAGUUAUGUUGUUAUUCUAACGAGUUUCACAGCCAUCUUCCCUUCGAUAGAAUAUAUGCAUGCUCAUGCACACCAAGCGCAUAUUGUAUAAUACGGUCACAUCAGAUCUGCUCUUUCGCAGCAUUGUUACUAGCAGACAUCAAUUGACUUCAUAGAGUGCCCAACAACAUCUAAGUGAAGGAACGUGAUAUUUUUCAUUUUUUGUUAUCAUUAUGUAGCGUGCGACUGUGAUCCCAAAGGAUCUAGGGAAAGUAGUCAAUGUAGCCCAAUUGGAGGCCAUUGUGAUUGUUAUGCUGGUGUUGGUGGUCGAAGAUGCUCUUAUUGUUUGCCCAAAUAUCAUGGAUUUGGUCAAGGAAAUUGCAAAGGUGAUAAACUUUAAAAAUAUUACGUCAUGCUGGUAUACUAUACGUCAAUCUUUGAUAUCCAUGAUUUUGGACUGCAUAGCUAAUGAUGGCGCUAUGGAACGCCGAGGAAAUCACUGUCUGAAAUUUGUACUUCGAUGUUAAAAAAUUACCUGAAGUGUAAUAAUUGUAAUAGACCUCUCUCUCAAAGUUGUUACAAAAACGGUGGGCCUGGGGUUAAGAGAAUUUUUGCAUCUGCAUUGCUGGCGUUUUCUGAGGCGAAUUUGCAAACUAAUUGCGACCAACAAGCCAGCCAGGAUUAGUUAGAUCUUACCUUGCCCUAGCAAGGUGGAGUGGAAUCGCAAUCAAAUAUGGAAUCAAAUAUGGAAUCGCAAUCAAAUAUUUUUUCCAGCUGUUCCUGGUUACGUCUAAUAAAAAAAUGUAUAUAAAUUUCCACUCAAUAAUUUCCAUCAACAACACCCUACAAGUUCUACAACUGAGUAUGCUGAAGCCUACAUGCCUGGGCUUUCAAGAGGGCCGUAAUUUUCAGAUAAUGCACUUUUUAUUUAUAGAAUUAUUAUUUUUUGUCCUUAAUUAAGCAAUGAGGCAUUGAUAUAGCAGCUAAUCCAAAAAUUAUAAGUUCCUUGGUUUUCAUGAGUGUUGACAUUCACCGUAACGCCUGCACGCUAUUUAAUUGCACAAUGUUCAGCACUUAUGAAGUUCUGUCAUAAUUAGAGGAUAUUUCCGCUGACCUUCUCAAUAAAAAUAAAGGAAAGGGAGGAGGGCAAACGUAAAAGAAGAGACUGAAUUUAAGUCCAAAUUCCAAAGAUCCAGAAAUUUAUGAGCCGUGUUGCAUGUACACGUUCGUUAUCGGCUAAAUCAGCUGAACUUUCGUGGGAAUAUCAUCCUCAAGGCCCGCGUAUUUUACCUAGGUACAGGCCCCGUAACUGGCAAUCCGCCACUGAUUUUGAUCCAUAAUAGCAUUGAAUAGCUUAUUCCGAAAAUACAACCAAAAACAUAUUAACAAUGCAACGUCGUAAUAUCAACGUACAGUUUGCAUUUUUCAUUGCUGGUUAGGUCUCAAAAUUGUAUACAAUCUCCCGUUCCAUCUACAAAAACCCUUCAAUUAUUAUCUUCUUUCCAACUAAAGUGCCCUCUCGUUGGAAAGUUUUGAUGAUUUAUUGCACUGACUGUCUUCAGUCUCUCACUGAUUUUGAAUCUUUAGUUUGUGAAUGUGACAGUGCUGGAUCGGAAAGCAGUGUCUGUGAUAUAACGUCUGGAGUUUGUCAAUGCAAGAUAAAUACCGAAGGUGACAUGUGUAGCAGGUGCAAGGCUGGAACAUUCAAUUUGGAUGCCAGGAACCAACAAGGCUGUCAAUCAUGUUUUGGUUAUGGCCAUGGUACACAGUGCAUUUCAGCUCGAGGAUUCGUUGCCGCCAACAUCACUACAUUUUUCACUGGUAUGUGGUGGUAGAUCAGUGGAUUCACUGGAAAAGUCGAAUCAUUUCCAUACUUUGGUUUUCUAGGUUUUCUUUAAAAAAUUUCCCCGGUUUUCCUGGAAGGUAGGGGCGUCUUGAGAAUAAAGGUCUUGGUAUUUAUCACCCACUGCCCCCCCCCUCCCAUUAUUAAUGACCGGUCCCAAAUUUAGUCUAUGUACUGUAGGUACAUUUGUAAACCUGAAAGUGUCUUGGUAUAAAACAUGACAACGAAAUAUUGUAGCCAGUCAUAUUUUUAAGCUUUUAAAUGAAUACCCUUUUAGUAGACUGUGCUUUAUGUUCGUAACAUGAAUUAUUGCACGUGACGUGAGUUAUUCCACCUUGUCAUACAAUCUAUUUUCAACCAAUAUAAUUAAGCUUAUUUAUCCUGUGAAUUCAGUCCCUUAAAUGUGGUUUCCGUAAAUGCAGGUUCUACCCUGGGUGCAUGGUUAGCUACGCCAAAUAGUGCUGGUGCGAUGGCAACCGCUGGCGCAGAUGGCUUGCUCAUUCGCGGUAAUCUCACACUCAUGGCUCCACCGUCGUAUUUGGGCUUGCAACUAAACUCGUACAAACAAAAGUUGUUGAUCACAGUAAGUUUAAUUAAACUUGUUUGCAACUAUUUUUUUACAUGUGACUUAUACUCUUACAUGGAUGUACGUGGCAGGUGUAAUAACUUUUAAAGGGCGUGGCUUGUGGGUGUUGUGAUAAGUUGGCCACUCAGUUAGUUGUACAUUGUUUUGUGAUUACACACUUUUCUUUACUUGGCGACAAUAUAUGCAACGCUUGAGACAGUUUAUAACGACAUUUACAAUCGUUUGUGAUGGCAUGUGGGCGUAUUGCAGCUUUGAGACCAGUAUUUAAACUGAGUGAAUGGAAUUUAAUAUAGAGUGCUCUAAGCAACAAGAGAAAGUUAGGUGUGCGAGAAUUAGCGGGGUAAAGUAUUCGUGAAUUUUCAGUAAUUAUAGGUUUGAAAUGAAAGCAGACACAUCGUUGUCAGUGUGAAUGUGGUCAUAGGAAUAGUGUAGAUUUAAAAUGUGUUGCACGUACGUUCCAGAGUUUGAUGAUGUCCUAUCGCCCUUUUUGUAGAGCUAAACAGCCAGUGAGCUCCAUAUAUAUCUGGAGCGAGAACUCCAGUCCAAAAAGCGAAACAAGCUUCGUUUUAACCGUGCAGACAAAAACAAUAGAAAGAGAUUGACGUCCUAUAGCUCUUCAAUAUCCGCCAUCUUGGCAAGGAGUGUGCCGAAGUUGCGUAUUUUGACUUCGAUUUAAAGACUAAUAUUAUAAUUUUAUGAACUGAAAAGUUGAUUAGUGAUACGGUCCGUUAGAAAAAACUGGAUUUAGCUGGGGAAAAUGGUAUAAAAACUGUUUAUGAACUUAAGAGCAGAUGGAAGUCAAUGGCCGCCAUCUUGGCUUCAUUUUUCUCAGGCCGAACCACUGGAGUAAAUCCAUUUACCGAGUCAAAUCCGAGUCCGAGUCAGUCCCGAGUCUGAGUCAAACGGCCGAGUUGCGUAAAAAAAAAAGACGAAAGUGAAGAAAAUUCACAGUCGAAUAGGGUUAGGUGUAAGUUUAGGGUUGAGUGCUAACUCAUUUUACCGGCAAAGACAGUCAAACAGUGACUCGGACAUUUGACUCGAACUCAGAUUUGAGUCGGUCAGUAACCGACAAACUCCGAAAUUGAAUAAAAUUGACAGUUGAAUAGGGUUAGGGUAAGUUAGGAGUGGGAUUAUGGUUAGGAUUAGGGUACUAAGUCAUUGAACUGCAAAGACCAUCGAUUAAACAAUGACUCGGACAUUUGACUCGGGCUCAGAUUUGUCUCGGACUCGGAUUUGACUCGGUUAACAGACAAACUCCGAAGUCCGAACCACUGAAGUUCUUGCUCCAGAUAAACAGGGUGUCUCAAAAAAAACGCUACGGAAAUUAAACAGGCUGUCGUGCAUCAUAAACAUGGCUAAACAAUUCAAUGUUUACAUAGGACGAAAGAACAGUUAUUUAGCUUUGCAAUGAUACUCUUUUUAAGUCGUAACGAUGAGAAAUGGCCACAUACUCGUCAAAUAAAAAUUGCCUGUCGAAAUCACAUUCUUCCACCGUUGGGAAUUGCGUGAAAAACGAACCAUAAACAAUUCCCAAGAGGGAAUUAAAAUUGAAUGUUAAAUUAUCUAAAAUAAGCUCAACUCGUCAAUCUUCGUCUUAGUGAGACAAUAACUCAAUAUGAAUUUGGUACGAAACCAGUGGCGUAGCCAGCGGUCCCGCUAUCCCGCCGGGCGGGACUAACAAUUUCCAAAAAUGAGUAAAUGUUUUAUAGUGAAGCCAAAUCACAGCUUUGCUUAUUCUGAAAAUUUAAAUAUUAAUUAUGAUCAUUUUCAGUGCUUUCAUUUGUCAUUUAUUUAAAGUUUACGCAAUAUUUCUGUCUGCUCUUUGACCUCUUUGUUGUCUAGCAAAUGAUACCCUGCAGAAUUAGCUAAUUUCCAUGCAAUUUGUUGCUUACUUGCGCAAUUCGUGAAUCGCAUGUCUUGUGUUCCGCUGAUUUUCUAGCCUGCGUGGCAGGCUCUCUGGGUUUGGGGGAAGCCCCCCCCCCAAAAAAAUAAUUUUUCUCCCCCAAACCCAGAGAGCCUGCCACGCAGGCUACUGACUUUCAUGUGGCGGUGUCACAGUGAUUUCGGUUCCCCCGUGAAAUCGGUUCCCCCUCGGAUAAAAUUCCUCCAUUAUAACCGGAACUUUAUGCCUAUCACAGUACAGGCAGGCGGCAGAAUUUCCCUUGAUGUCCAACAUGGCGACCGUCGAGAGAGUGAUCGGCCCGGUAUUUGAUAUAUAAAAUCAUUAUUUUGAAUUUGUUUACUGAAAAUUUUCAAAAAUUAGGAAAUUGAAUUAGUCAGUUUUGUUCCUUAUGGUAAUUUUUUGUCUUUAUACCUGGAAAUACACCUCAUUUUACAGACACGAAAUUGACAUCAAGACCCAUGUUAAUACUGUAUUUAUAAUAUAUACUAGUUUCAAUCAGUUUUGUUUGAAAUGAUACGAAAUACUUAUGUAAAGUCUAAAAUCUAUAUCAUUGUUUAGUUAGAUUUUCAUUAAUGACUGCAAAUUUGGAAAAAAGUCCCGCGCUUAUUUUUAUCAAAACCAUUGAACUAUAUUGUAUAUAAAAUAUAGUUCAAUGAUCAAAACAAGGGAAAUUCUGCCGGUACUGCGAUAGGCAUUAAGUUCCGGUUAUAAUAGAGGAAUUUUAUUCGAGGGGGAACCGAUGUCACCGAUUUCACGGGGGAACCGAAAUCACUGUGACAGCGGAAUAUGCAAUACUAUCUUAUACAAUAAAUUCUGGUUUCUAGUUGGAUAAUUGGGGCAGCGCAUGCCCAGAAAGGUUGUUUUUAAUGCCGAAGUCCCGCUAUUUAUGAAGGUGGAGGUUGUUAAUAUUCAAACCUUUCUGACGAAGCUUUCUGCGCGAGUAUUCACGACUGUGACGCUGGUAGGUCAUUAUCCAUAUCAUAUUUGAUAUUGCUUUUGUGAUUUGUAUACAAUGGCUUCAACGAGCGUGACGAACCUUAUGGAAAGCCAUAGCGGAAUUUCAUUUCAUUCGGUGUUUUUAGCAUUAUAUAUGUGGUGCUUUUAUCUAUAUGCGAGGUGCUCUCUACAUUAUACGCGGUGCUUCGAGUUUGAGCAUUAUACGCGAUGAUUUUGACAUUAUAUAUUGGCUACACGCAACAUUAUCCAAAUAGUUGCUUUUAACAUUAUAUACGCGGUGCUUGAGACAUUUCAUAAUAUACGCGGUGCUUGAGACAUUAUACGCGGUACCUUGAGCAUUGACUGUACGCAGUGGUUUUAUCAUUAUACGCAGUGUUGUAACUACUUGCUGUGAUUUCAACAUCAUAUCGGUGCGUCAGUGCGUGAGACAUUAUACAAGGUGCAGUGUUUAAUUAUUCGUUGUGCUGCAGACUCAGUGCAGAGGGAAAUAUUUUUGCCUAACACAGCACUUCUCUGAGCUCACACUGUAGAUCUUCUCUGAGGCGUCUGAGCCAGAUGGCAUUUUUUGUAUUUUACGAAGGGAAAAUACUCCUGUUAGAGGUGUAUGGAAACUUUGUUUAGUGACAUCCUUCCACCCUCGAAAUCGCAGAAAAUGCCAUUUCCGAGGUUCUAGAUUUCAAAUUUUCUCGGGGGGAAGGGGGGUGCAUGACCCCGAACCCCUCCAGAAAGGUCGCACCUUCGGUGCGAGGGGCCCGACUUCGGCGGGACGACUUUUUUAAGCCAGCUACGCCACUGUAAUAACGAAACAUGGUUCAAUUAACCCCUGAACAGAGAACAUUCGCUAUCAAAACGUUUUUGAAACAAAUAGCUAGCAGCAGGCUUGCGUUGCUUUUGGAUUGACUAACUUUGCAUAAUUAAUGUAUUUUCAAUUCCCAACGGUGGAAGAAUGUGAUUUCGACCGGAUAUUUUUAUUUGACAAGUGUGUAGCCAUUUCUCAUCGUUGCGACUCUUUCUUCCUAUGUAAAAUUCGAACUGUUUAGCUACGUUUAUGACGCACAACAGCCUGUUGAAUUUCCGGUAGCGUUUUUUUUAGACACCCUGUAUAGAGAUACCUCACUGGGUUUAGCGUAUUCGAAGAAUCGCGUCUGCAGCCAUCUUUAUGUUUUGGAACAGCCAGGACAAGUCACAUCGUAGAUAACAUUAGAUAUAAUACAGUGCAACACAUCGCGCAAUCUAAUCGAUGCCGAUCCCUGUUGCUACUAAACUAAUUAGUUGAUUUAUUUUCGUCUGUAUCCACAGUAAUUGGUGUAAACUGUUGUGGUGUCCCCGCCUCUUGUUAUUUCUCGUGUAUAUGAAUCGUUGUACUUGUAUUGUGUACGUUUUUUUGUCAAGGCGAAGCUAAAUAAAGAAAAUAAAUAAAUAAAUAAAUGUUACCUACAUUCUUGUAUAGAUAUCCACGUCUGUGGAUUUAUCCGCUGAAGGAAUUUCCCUUGUCCUUUCCGGGCGGAGCUACAAUGCUGAACUCCAGUCAGACGUCCCAGUUUCUGACAAUCAUAGUGUCAUCAUCUUCACUUUGGACGAAAGUCAUUUGGUUUCUGAUAAUAAUGAUUUGACGGAGUUUCAGUUUCAAUCUUUGCUAUCCAAUAUCAGUUCACUUGAAUUGAAAGUCCAAUCGGAAAUAGUGAUCAGAGAGAUCGCGCUUCAAUCUGCGGUGCAUGAUGUGACAAGCGAUGUCCACGAUCAGAUCAGUUUUGUGGAGAAUAUGACCUGUUUUGAAAACUACACUGGUUUUUCUUGUGAAGCUUGUGCUCAAGGUAGGAAUUUUAGUUCGUUCCGUGUCAAUUAA